AUGUAUUACUCUAAAAGAAAAUCAGAAAUCCCUUUACUUGAUGGAAAAAGAAUGUAUAUACAAGUAGUUCAAUCUUCAUGGUUUUGGGUUAACAUUAAAAUCAAAAAAUUACUUUAUUUUAUCGAUACCCCAUUGAAAUUAGUUAAGGCAUGUGUUUUAUUAUAUGAUUUAAAAGGAGGAGCACAUGGAAGAGUAUGGUUAUGUUGUGCCUCCGCUGGUGUUUUAGAAGGACAUGUUUUCGUUUUAAAAUUCUCAAGAUGUAAUAUUUCACCAGAAAAUGAAUUGAUCAAAGAGUGUGAAAAGUGGAGAGAACUUUGGGGUUUGGAUGCACAUGUUGGAACUUGGAACUCCAAGCCAGCUUUAAUGAUGCCAUAUGUGUCACCAGCUUCUGACAAAGAUUGGAAAAAUCAAGAUUUUAUUGCUUUAGUAACCAAUACAAUCGAUAAACUCUCUAAAAUGAAAUUUCAUCACCAAGAUUUAAAAAAAUGUCACGUUGCUAAAUAUUUGGAUUCCAAUAAUGUUAUUAAGUAG